AGCCAAGAUCGUUGCAACUGUAAGCGAAGACGACGCACACGAGGCUCGACAGUAUUCGCAGCUUCGCCAGGUUUUUUCUCCCCAUUAAAAAAAAAAUCUGUUGGCGAAAUACUUUGUAAAACGUAAGGAGCUCACCAACCUUUCAAAUUCUACCUCGUCAUGUCUACUCUGUGCGUCGGACAGGAUUUCUGCGAGGAGCUCACCUGCGCCGUGUGCCUAGACUCGUGGAAGGAGCCGAUUGAGCUCUCCCCGUGUGGGCACAUCUUCUGCAGGGAAUGUGCGGUAGGCUUGAAGGAAUGCCCGGUGUGCCGCAAGAAGAUUGAAUCUUCCAACCAGCCGAACCGCACGCUGGUGAACAUGGCGCUGCAGAUUCCUGUGAAGUGCAUGCGCUGUGGGUGGCAGGGGACGCGCGAGCAAGGGAUGCGUCACGAAUGCGGUAGCGGCUCUGUUCAACCUCCUCCAUUCCAGCCUUCUACGGCGUUAGACGCGAACAAACCUAACCCUCCAACCAACGUGGCGGCGUCACCAAACCCGUAUCAUGAUUUCGGAGGGUCCAACGUGGGUGGCGAUUAUGAAGAUUUGUGGACGAGUGGUGCGCCGGUGCAGCCUCCACCGCAGCCACCACAGCCGCCGCAGCUGCCACCGUCGGCUGAACAUCCCCAAGUAAUCGAACCCACCGGUCCCCGGCCGUGGACGCUUUACGGUCUGGGACAGAAUGAGUACGACCAAAUUGUGUCGCUGUUCGUCUUCUUCGACGACGAUGAUAGCGGCUCCUUGGACAGAAACGAGGUGGCUCGCCUGGCGCGUUGGCUGAACUUUGCGAACACGCCGCAGGAUGUGCAGCGCAUCUUUGACGACAUGGACGCGGACCACAGUGGUAGCCUGUCGUUGGCGGAGUUCCUCACCUGGCUCUACCACAACAAGCCCAACCCGCAGGCACUAUACGACCUAAGCCCUGCGCAGUACAACACCAUCAUGAUGCAGUUUCACACCUACGAUACGAACCAGGACGGGUCUCUCGAGAUGAACGAGUUUGUGAACCUUGUGCAAAGGCUCGGCGAGGUGCGCGAUGCGGGCACUGCUCGGAAGCUGUUCGAGAUGGUGGAUCGCGACCGUGAUGGCGCAAUCAGUUUGCACGACUUUCUGCUCUUCCGGGCGGGGCGGCUGUAG